AUGAAAGGUAUCUCAAAUGCUCUCCGAUCAGUUGCCAUAAAGGAGAACUUUGGGGUUCAGAUAAAAGCCAGCGAUAAGAAACGUGUGAUUGCGACUUGUUCCUAUCAAGGUUGUAAAUGGAGAAUUCGAGCCUCUUUAUGUGAAGACACUCAAUCUUUCCAAGUUAGGAGACUUGAUGGAGUACACACAUGUCCAGGAAUAAAUCGAGCUGGGAAUAGGCUGGCAACAUCUGCUUGGGUUGCCAACGAGAUACAGGAGAUGGUAAAGAGGUGUCCAGAUAUCCCACCAAAAGAUAUAAAUAGUAAUCUAGAAAAAGAAUUUGGGUUAUCCUUACCUUAUAUGAAGCUUUGGAGGGCAAGAGAGCAAGCCCGUGAUGCUUUAUUUGGUUCAGUUGAUGACAACUACAAAUGGGUUCCAACAUUGGCAGCAGAACUCCUUCAUAGAAAUCCAGGAUCACAUAUAACAUAUGCAUAUAAUAGUGGAGAUCAUUCAUUCCAAAGGUUUUAUGUCAGUUUUAAGGUAUGUGCUGACGGUUUUCUAGCUGAGUGUAGACCACUUAUCAGUUUGGAUGCAUGUCAUCUUAAGUCGAAGUACCUAGGUGUGCUGUUAUCGGCUAACGCCUUAGAUGGGAAUAAUGGCUUAUUCACUUUAGCAUUUGCUGUGAUGGAGACUGAGUCCAAAGGAACAUGGUCUUGGUUUCUCCAAAAUUUGGGAGAAACAAUUGGUCUUUCUUUAUAUCCUCUUUGUUUUAUUUCAGAUAUGGAGAAGGGUUUGGGAGAGGCUAUAAAAGAUGUAUAUCCUAAAGCUGAACAUAGAAUUUGUAUUCGUCAUUUGUGGAAGAACAUUAAAAAAAAUUUCCACUGUAAAGAUGGCCAAAAAGUGCAUGGACUUGUCUGGGAGGCGGCUAAUGCUUACACAAAUAUAGAGUUCAAUGAGAAGCUAGUAGAACUACGUCAUUUGAGCCAUGCAGUUUACUCGUAUCUUAUUUCAUUGCCAUAUAAGUGGUCAAGGAGUCAGUUUAUGAUUGGGAUAUGUCAUUAUGCAAAUACCAACAAUUUUGCCGAGUCAUUUAACUCAUGGGUUACUGAUGCUAGAACUAAACCUGCCGUGGACCUCAUCAAAGUUGCCAAGCAGACGGAAUGGAGAGGAUCAUCAACUUGA